UUACCCAGUCUUAGUGUUCGUGUGGCCCAAUGAUCUCCUUCCCUGCUCUUCUGCUCCUCGGGGCCAUGGCUGGCGCUAUGGCAGGUGCUGACGCUAUGACAGGUGCUGACGCUAUGGCAGGUGCUGGCUCCAUGGCAGGUGCUGACGCUAUGGCAGAUGCUGUCACCAUGACAGAUGCUGUCACCAUGGCAGGUGCUGGCUCCAUGGCAGGUGCUGGCUUCAUGACAGAUGCUGUUACCAUGACAGGUGAUGACACCAUGACAGGUGCUGUCACCAUGCCAGAUGCUGUCACCAUGACAGGUGCUGGCUCCAUGACAGGUGCUGGCUCCAUGACAGGUGCUGGCUCCAUGACACAUGUUGGGACAGGGUGGAGGACGACUGCUGCACCUCGGUGUUCCCUGGAGUGUGACAUCACUGGUCCCCCGAGGCUGACCUACCGUCCGGGCUACACAUACUACUACUCCUACUCGGGUACAGCGCAAGUCCAAGUGGAGGGCGUGGAGGGCGGAGUGGCGGCGACGGAGUGGUCCUCCAGCGUGGAGGUGGUGUGGGUCACCCCCUGUGAUGUGGCUAUUGUCAUGAAGGACCUCCUUGUGGACGGAGUCUCAGGUACAGCAGGUGCUGACCUGCUGGAACGGUACCCUCUGCUGGUGGCGGUCCGUGACGGCCGGGUCCAGCACGUGUGUAGCCAUCCCCACGACCAGUCUUGGGCCCUCAACAUGAAGAAGGGCGUCGCGUCUGCCCUCCAGAACUCUCUCCCUUCCUUUACCACCAUCACACAUCUUACCUUAACAGAGACGGACGUGGUUGGAACGUGCCCAACGAGGUACGAGGUGCAGAACCAGGGAGACAGAGUCAUUGUGAAGAAGGAGAAGAACCACCGCCUGUGUAAGCAGCGUUACCCGACCCCUGCUGAGACCCAGGUUCCCUGGCUCAAAGGUCCUCUGCCGCUGGAAGAGUCCCGCUCUGUGUGUAAACAAGAGAUCAGGAACGGAAUCUACUCCAGCAUCACCUGUGAGGAUAAGAACGUGGUCAGACCCAGCUAUGGCGCCUAUAAGUAUAUUGAAGCCAAAAUGGAGUCCACAUUGAGAUACGUCUCAGUAUCCAACGACCAAUCAGGUGCCGCCUCUGCCAUCUCUCAAGCUAACAUGGAACGCAAGAGUCUCCGGUAUGACUACGAUACCCUCAAGAAGGACCCGUCCAUGGUGGCCCAGUUGGACCAGACCAUGAAGCAGAUCUGUGAGAAGACUAAAGAUGCCGUUGAGCGUGACGUUGCUGCUCUGGUAGCCAAGGCUGCACAACUCCUGCGACGAGUCCCUGAGGAAGCCAUAACACAAACUUUGGACAAAAUCCGCAGCGGACGCUUCUGUGAAGGCAACAAAAAACUUGAAAGCAUCUUUUUAGAUACUGUUGCAUUCGUGCAUGAAUCAGGUGCAGUGAAGGUUAUAGUGAAGGAGCUAGUGAAGGGACGUGUUCCAAGGUUUCGUGCCGUGCUCUAUGCCUUGGCCCUCUACCUUCAUCCUCGUCCAUGUAUCCGGACUAUAGAAGCUCUGAGGCCGCUAUUCGAGUCAUCCCAACCUUUGACCUACAUGACCUUAGCUGCUGCCUCCGUGGUCAACGCUUAUUGUCGCCACACUCCUCACUGUGAUGACGAAGAACCUGUGAGGAGUCUGGCCGAAACUUUAAGCAAUAAGCUAGAACACCAGUGCUCUCCCGCCAGCACGGAGGAGACUCAGGAGGAAGCGCUCGCAACACUCAAGGCUCUAGGCAACAUGGGUGUGAUGGCGCCUAAUGUCAUCAAGUCGACCAUAAAGUGCUUGAAAACAGAGAACAUGAAGACCAACAUUCGCGUCGCUGCUGCCCAGGCCUUCAGACAAGCACACUGCCACCAUUCAGCAACAACGGAACUUGUGAACGUGGCUCUUGGUCCCACUGAGAAUACUGAGGUCCGCAUUGCUUCUUACACUGUGGCAAUAUCUUGUGCGCGGGAGGAAGAUAUUAUCAAUAUUCUUACUAAGAUCUCUAAUGAGAAAAAUACUCAAGUUCGUUCAUUUAUACUCGGCCACCUGCACAAUAUUCAACAGUCAGACGCACCUGAAAAACAAAAUCUUCGAAACUACUUAUCAAAUAUAAGGAUUCCCAGAGACAUUAGGAAAGACGUGAGGAAAUAUUCUCGCAAUAUAGAGAUGUCAUACUUCUCCUCGGCCCUGGGUGCUGGUGCCGGUGUGGAGUCCAACAUCAUCUACUCUCCGGGAUCCUUUGUCCCUCGCUCUAUUGACUUCAACCUCACCGCCGCCUUAGAGGGAAUCUCAGUAAACUUAGGACAGGUUGGUGCUCGGCUUGAGGGCCUCGACCCUGCCAUUGAGAAAGUCUUUGGUCCUGAAGGUUACUUAUAUAAUGCUUCUCUUGGGAGAGUGUUUGAAUAUAUAUGUUCAUUAAUAGGAAAUACUGGAAGUAGCUUGACGAAGCUGGAUGAUUUAUUUAAUAUAGAUCAUUCUAAAAUAUCACAUUUUUUAAGCAAGAUUUAUGACGGGGAUAAAGUGUCAGUUCCCAGAGUGGAUAUAUUUGCACGCGUCCUCGGACAAGAAGUAUUCUUUGCAACGUUAAUAUCCAACCUGAAACACAUCAACAUUACUGAAGAAGCAGAGGAUUUUCCCUCCUAUCAUGAACAAGUUAUUAAGGACAUGAUGAAGCUGGAUAUUGACUCGGCUCACACAAGCCAGUUGUCCACAGACAGCAUCUUCCCCACCACUCAAGGCACACCUCUCAAGAUAACUCUAACAGGAACGGCAGUUAUGGGAAUAAGGAUAGAAUCUAAUCUUAACUUACUCGACAUCUCCAACUUGAAAAUAUCUAGCAGUGCACUGAAGAUAAUUCCAAGCUUAUCUCUUCACGUAACAAGCUUCAUUGGUUUUGACUGUUAUUUAGGGAAGAUUGGCCUUAAUAUGAGCAACACAGUUUCAAGCAACACUGGUGUUUCGUUCAGCAUGAUGGAGAAGGCCAACAGACAGUUGAAACUUCAGUUAGAACUCCCGGAGAAGAUGGAGAUAAUUAAUAUCAAGAGUGAAAUUGUCCUCGUUAAAGGUAUCAAGGGCAAAGCAGAAACCUAUAUGACCCCAUCGUCAGUGAACGAUAUCAGAGUGUCACGUAACUCAUGCAUUAGUACUCUUGAGCCCAUGUUCGGCCUCAGCCUCUGCUACCACCUCCAACUACCUGAUAUCUUCCGCAGCAAAGUUCUGCCUUUAGGUGCUCCAUCUAUUGCCAAGCUCUAUAUUCAGAAAGCUGAAGCUUCUAUCAAAGGAUACCUCCUAAAUGCUUUCAUUCAAAACAAGAAAGGUAGUAAAAUGAUGUCUGUUAAAAUAGAGACUUUAGGAUCCACUGCACCAAGAACGACUGAGGUGACUUUGUCUUUCACUGGACGAGAGUCGUCCUACUUGCUCUCCGCCACUAUUGAGUCUCCUGCCAUCACUACUGGAGUCUGGGCCACCAUCACCAACACACAAGAUCUGAAGAGCGUCGAGGCUUUUGCGAAAUACAGAUCGAGCGAAGCGGAGAGGUCGAGGGGGGUGAAGGUGUGUCUCAGCAGGAAGCAGACGUCCAGUAAGCAGGAACACGAAGCCAAGAUGUAUAUCAGCAGGAGCAGAGACUUCUAUCCUGAGUCGCAGAUUUUCCAGUGCAAGUUUAUCAAGACAUUCGCAGAUCCUGACACUUCACUGGAUGUUUUAUUUAAGACAAAAAAUGGCCUCGGAGAUUACUUGAGCCUAAAUUUUAAGGCUGGAAUAGACACGACGUAUAUCCCACACACUCACCUGUACCUCCCAACAAGGCUCCGUCACUUAGAGUGCCACAUGGGCCUCGGAGCCUGGAAAAUGAACUCCUUUAUUCGCCAGACCAACAAAUCAGCCGAGACCUGUGUUUACGGGUCCGCCUUCAAGUUGGCGCGAGGGACCGUGCCCCUGCUGCGUGUGGAGGCCGCCCACGCCAUCAGCAGCGCUCAGGCAGCCCUCACCACCACUAUCAUGGCCGAGACAGGUAAUGGGGUAUAUAAAGCCUCGUGUGAUGUCGUGUUUGGUGAGAGCAAGAUGGGGGUGACCAUGCAAGCUGUUCGUGCUGGCGAAAACAUCGAAAUUCUUCAUGUGCAUAUAUCUCUGCAUCUCACCAGAGAAGAAUACAAAGCCAAACUGGAGUUAGAUAUUCCGGAAUACAUAAGAAGUAUCAAAUUCGAGAGCAAGUUAGCGGUGGAGGACCCGUAUCACUACAGGGUAGGCGCGGCCUUCAAGCACGGCGACAUGGUGACGCUGCAGGUGGAAGGGCCGCUGCUGGUCAGGUGGAGCCCCUCCAUGACCCAGCUCCAGGCUGACAUCAUGGUGGACGCCCUCGCCGCCGGACCCCUCAGGACCUCCAUCACCAUCAUCUUAGCCAGAAACAAACGGCUCUUCUCCUUAGAGCUGAAGAAUCAGCGCGAAUCUGUCUUCGAUGUAGAAUUUAACCUCUCGGUCGAGUCGCCUUUGAAGUCAAGUUUCGGAUCAAAAUUAUACGUACUGGAAAUAAUUCAACAUAAGCUUGAUAUAGUUGUAAAGAAUAAUAUUGUUUAUUAUAAUAUGAAUACCUUGUGGCUGCCAAACACCUCUUGGGUUCGUAGAGUUAAGAGCUUCUUAGAUGUUGACUUGGAACGCAAGAGUGUGACAGGCGAGUUAUUCUGGGACAGCGAUCGUGACCUUAGUAAGGUGCUGAGUUACGAUGCCAAGCUUGUCACUAGUCCUUACACUCACACUGAAGCCUCAGUCAGCAGCGUCUAUCUUCCCACUGAACACUCCGGCAGCAGCUCCUCCACUCCCACUGAAACCUCCAGCAGCAGCGCCUCCACUCCCACUGAAACCUCCAGCAGCAGCGCCUCCACUCCCACUGAAACCUCCAGCAGCAGCGCCUCCACUCCCACUGAACACUCCGGCAGCAGCGCCUCCACUCCCACUGAACACUCCGGCAGCAGCGCCUCCACUCCCACUGAACACUCCGGCAGCAGCGCCUCCACUCCCACUGAAACCUCCGGCAGCAGCUCCUCCACUCCCACUGAAAUCUCCGGCAGCAGCUCCUUCACUCCUACUGAAACCUCCGGCAGCAGCUCCUCCACUCCCACUGAAAUCUCCGGCAGCAGCUCCUCCACUCCCACUGUAACCUCUGGCAGCAGCUCCUCCACUCCCACUGUAACCUCCGGCAGCAGCUCCUCCAAUCCCACUGUAACCUCCGGCAGCAGCUCCUCCAAUCCCACUGAAGCCUCUGUCGACGGAAGUGCAGCCUUCAUGGGGUUGAACUACAGGUAUACGACUAAAGUAACCAUAACCAACCGAAGCCCGCUAUUGUUCGGGGUGAACAGCUUCCAAGUGGAAGUCACAACACCAGCGAAGACAACACUGAUGGUGAGUGCAAGCAACAAUGUAUAUCGCCAAGACUCAGCCAUCAAAAUACACACUCUGGGUCAUUACAAGAGCUUGGAGGAUGAACACUACGACUUAAGAAGUAUCUUAGCCUUUGAAAAUGUUGGUAAUGGUUACAUUCUUGAGUCUGAGCAGUGCUUGACCACACCGGAAGGUCACAACACCACUCUCGCUACCUCCGUCAACCAUCAGUAUCAACAUGAUGAACGAAAUGUUCAUUUGAAGGUAAAGUUGGCGCCGGCAGUGGAGGCGCCUCUGGUGGUUGACUUUGCUAUAAACAACACAGUGGACUCCUUCAGCAGCAGGUGUCUUGCUGGAGAGCGGCGUCCUCUCAAACUGUUCAGCUGGGAGCUCUUACUACACCAGGAAGGUGGCAUUAGAUCCUUCACUUGUGGGCUAGAUACAUCAGUUAUAACUGAUGAAGUAAAGGCAUUCCGUAAGUUAAUUUCCUCCGUUACGUCCCUCUACACCAAACCAUCCACGACAAGCGGGGUCUACCUACUGCGGUACGAGGAGCAGCCCUCAUCCUCGCACUCUCUCCUCCUCCAGUCUCCCUCCCGCACCAUGGAGGCUCACCUCAAGUAUUCUCCUUCACAGUUUAUUAUCAGGUUCUACCCUAAAAGGCAUCAAAGUGAUUCUAAAUACGAGAUCAGUGCCACAAAGAGUGCCAGUAAUAAUGGCGCGCAGCACAACUUGACGUUUGAAGGCCGUCUGGCUCACCCGCGCCUGAACAAGACCAUGACGCUCACCGUUGUGUGUAGAGGUGAAGGUGAGGCUGUACAGGGCGAGGUGGUGCUGGACAUCUUCCCGGACCCAGCCCAUACAGUCACUGUCACUCUCCACACUAACAGGACAUCACGCAACACUGUCAACACUCUCCUUCACCUCACCUCCACUGUGCUAAAGAUUGACCCCAAGGUCACCGUAAUGACAGCCUAUGCUCCCCACACGGCUGGCAUUGAUCUCCAGUUCCAGAAGUCUCCCUCCUCCCCGGUAACCUUCCAGGUGUCGGCCAUAUACGACCGGGUCUCCCCUAGAGAUGCAACAAUGGCCUUCCGUGUGAUUAACGAUGGAGUCUCCGUGGUGGACAUCGCUGGAGCGAUGCAGCGUGAAGAAGAUCUCGAGUGUAACGGCCACAAGGUCAAGGCCGUGGCUCACAUUUCUCCUCUUGGCACUUACGACCUCCACUCCAAGCUCUGUAAACCUGCCUUCAUCCAACUGAAGACCAAGAAGCACGGCAGUGAGAAGGUUUACACCGUCAGGAUUGGAAUUCAGAAUUGGAAGAAGGUUGAGGUUGGCGCAUCAGUCGUGGAGGGGACGGGCCAGGCGGACACCACCGUGGCCACCGUCCGCGUCCUGCUCUCCUCACCCACCCUUAUCACUGCUGACUUGGGCCUCCACCCUCAUUAUGCUCUCAAGAUCAAGUCAAGUGUGUUGGAGGCGGCGAGUGGAGCGCUGCGCCGGUGGGGACGCUGGGGCCAAGAGGUGUACCACGACGCCGUGGUCGACCACCUGCUAGACGCCAGCAGCUCUCCGCACCAACACUUACUCGCAGUUGUAGAAGGCACCAAGGAGGACUUGGUCCUUAUCUACCGGGACCUGGUGGCUGAUGGUGUAAUUCCCGGGGGUGAGGCGCGGAGGGCAUUGUUUGGUGGGUGGUGGGCAGGGGCCGUGAUGCGCGCCUACCACCUGGCGCUGACACAGGCAGCCCGCCUACAACACCUCCACUCUGUGCUCCUCCACAACAUGGUACAAGCAACAUUCCACCAGUUUCAUCACCUCACUCGCCUAUCAGCACAAGUGUUGGUGGCAGGAGCGCGCUGGGCGGAAACCGGAGCGGCCCCUGACGCAGUUCAUCGCCUGCUGCAACACCUGCAACACACCAGGGUCUUCACCGUGCUCAAGACUGACAUUGAUGCCUUAACCGACCAGUUUCCAGAGGAGCGUGAGGCCAUCCAGCAGGUGGUGGCUAACCUUACACUCACCCUACAGGAAGAUCUGGACAAGAUUCGGGGAGAAAUGGUCAAUAUUGCAGCUGUCAACGGAACCAUAAUGUGGAUCAACAACCAUCUUCAUUUGGAAAAUGGUGUAACUGAUUUGAGGAACGAAAUUGUCCGAUUAAUUUUUGAACAUCGUCCAGUUAAAGUCGAUAUGGAUACUAAUUAUUUGCAAGUGAAUAUUCCUCUGGUACACCCAACGUUUUCUUUGGGUCAAGCAUCUAAGGAACUGUCAUCAUAUCCCUUGAGAAAUCUUGAUAAGGUAAUGUCGUGGCCGUUUUCUGAUCUUCCUCUGUAUGUAGAUGUGUGUGUGUGGGUAUACUACACCUUGCUGCCCCGUCACAAGAGGGAUGUGUUGCCCCCAUACAACCGCACCGCCAUGGUUGUGAGCGACACAGAGAUCCUCACCUUUGACGGCGCUGUGCUCCGAGCCCCACCUUCACCGUGUGAGGUUGUCUUGGCUGCCUACAAAUCCUACAAACUUACCAUGGCCCAUCCUCAACCCUCGGCCCCGCCACAGAUCAAAUUUUCUACUCAUUCCGCUACCGUCAUAGUUAAGACGGACUUCCGUGUUGACGUCAACGGGAGAGAGAUGAACAGACGACGACAAACUGAAGGUGAAGUCACCGUUCAGAAGUCGUCCCGUGAAGUCAGCGUGACGUCACCGUUCCUGACAGUCCGGGUAUUCAGUGAGAAACGUGUCGUGUCCGUGAACGUGUCUGGCUGGACCUUCGGUCACAUUGCGGGGCUCCUGGGUACUUACGACAAUGAAGUUGGCAACGACUGGUUUACGUCUUCAGGAAGGAACGCCUCCAGCCUGAAGGAGCUAGUGGCAUCAUGGCAGGAGGACCAGCAGUGCCCGACCCCCGACAUCUCCCCCGUCAGUGUGCCGACACUGAGGAUCAUUGAAUGUGAGGCACUACUGGGGGCCUGGUCCACAUGUCACCCGCUGGUGCCUCCCGAACCCUUCAUCAAGAUGUGCCUCGCCGCCCGCCAGCCCUGCCACGCUGCCCAGGCCUACCAUACCAUCUGCUCCACCAUGGGUGCACUUGGAAGCUUCUCAUUAACCUGCUAGUUGUAGUAAAUACUU